AUGGCGAACAAUCAUUUCACUGGUCCAUUGCCCAUGAAGUACUUCAGAAGUUUCAAAGCAAUGAUGAAUGUGGAUUUGCAUUUUGAUGAUUUGUACAUGCAAAAUGAUGGUCUUGUAAAACCUUAUUAUUAUUCCGCGACUAUAGUAUUCAAAGGAAUGCCCCUGGAAUUCAAAAGAAUAGUAAAAACUUUCACCAUCAUUGAUUUAUCAAGAAACAGAUUCCAAGGGGAGAUUCCUGGAAUCAUUAGUGGGCUAAAUUCGAUUCAAGGACUCAAGUUAUCAUACAACAGCCUUACAGGUCAUAUACCAAAGUCGCAUGGUGAUUUGACGAUGCUUGAAUGUCUAGACCUCUCGUCAAACAAGCUCACUAGGGAGAUUCCUCAACAUCUAGUGAACUUGGAAGGAUAUAUACCUAGCGGCAGGCAAUUCGUUGUAUUUGAAAAUAAUUCUUACAUCAAUAACUUGGCAUUAUGCGGACCUCCAUUGUCAAAUUCAUGCAGUGAUUCUGGCCCACCAGAACCACCGCCGUCGUUGUUCCAACAAGAAGAGGAUUCUCAAUUUGCAAGCGGACUCGAUUGGGAAGUUAUAUUGCCCGGUUAUGGAUUUGGACUGGUAUUUGGAGUUGUCAUGGGAUAUCUUAUGUUCUCAUUUCGAAAACCUCAAAGGUUCGUGAAGAUGAUUGAAGGUGUAGGAAACAGAAGAGGGAAGAGGGUAGGAAGGAAUGCUCAGAGACACGGAGGCAGAAGAAAUUAG